UCUCCGCUGCCGUCACCGAGAGCUACCUCACAGGAGGCCAAGUCAUAUAGUCGACCGGGAAAGUAAAAGCAGGUCCUGCCACUCUCGGAACUACACGGCGCCUCACUGGGCUGGAGUUAGAGAACGCAUCCUGUCGUGGCCGCCGGCGUGGGGCGAGACUGGAGCCCCCUUGGAGGGGGCAGCCCUCAGAGGACCUGCUGCAGCCGGAGCGGUGAAAAUAAGUGAAUAAAGAAAGAUACCUAGGAGUCAUCUAACAUGUCGAGGAGAAGGUUUGAUUGCCGAAGUAUCUCAGGCUUGCUAACUACGACUCCUCAAACACCAAUGAAAUCGGAAAACUUUAAUAACUUCUAUACACUUACAUCUAAAGAGCUAGGAAGAGGAAAAUUUGCUGUGGUUAGACAAUGUAUAUCAAAAUCUACUGGCCAAGAAUAUGCUGCAAAAUUUCUAAAAAAGAGAAGAAGAGGACAAGAUUGCCGAGCAGAGAUUCUGCAUGAGAUCGCUGUCCUUGAAUUGGCGAAGUCCUGUCCCCGUGUGAUAACUCUUCAUGAAGUCUAUGAAACUGCAAGUGAGAUCAUUUUGAUAUUGGAAUAUGCUGCAGGUGGAGAAAUUUUCAACCUCUGUUUACCUGAACUGGCUGAAAUGGUCUCUGAAAAUGAUGUUAUCAGACUCAUUAAACAAAUACUUGAAGGAGUUUAUUAUCUACAUCAAAAUAAUAUUGUCCACCUUGACUUAAAGCCACAAAAUAUAUUAUUAAGCAGUAUAUACCCCCUUGGAGACAUAAAAAUUGUGGAUUUUGGAAUGUCUCGAAAAAUAGGAAAUGCAUGUGAACUUCGGGAAAUCAUGGGUACUCCAGAAUACUUAGCUCCAGAAAUCCUGAACUAUGAUCCCAUUACCACAGCAACAGAUAUGUGGAAUAUUGGUAUAAUAGCAUAUAUGUUGUUAACUCAUACGUCCCCAUUUGUGGGAGAAGAUAAUCAGGAAACAUACCUCAAUAUUUCUCAAGUUAAUGUAGAUUAUUCAGAAGAAACUUUUUCAUCAGUUUCACAGCUGGCCACAGACUUUAUCCAGAGCCUUUUAGUCAAAAAUCCAGAGAAAAGAGCGACAGCAGAAAUCUGUCUUUCUCAUUCUUGGCUACAGCAAUGGGACUUUGGAAACCUGUUUCAUCCUGAAGAAACUUCCAGUUCCUCUCAAAUUCAGGAUCAUACAUUAAGGUCCUCUGAAGACAAGACUUCUAAACCCAUUUGUAAUGGAACCUGUGGUGAUCGAGAGGACAAAGAGAAUAUCCCAGAGGACAGCAGCAUGGUUUCCAAAAGAUUUCGAUUUGAUGACUCACUGCCCAAUCCCCAUGAACUUGUUUCAGAUUUGCUCUGUUAGCACUUUUCUCUUUGACUCAUUUAGACUGAAUUUGGGAUUUUAAAUCCACUCCAGUGUGUGAUUAUGGUGGCAUGUUUGUAUUGUAAAUGCAUUUUUGCAUAGAAGAAUUUAGGGAAGUGCUUUUAUGCUAGAUUAUUAGUUUCAAGCAUAAUUUCAUUUCCUAUCCUGAAAUAUCAACUCUGCAGAGAAGAAAAUAUUUAAUUAAAUGUAUAAAAAAUAAAAGUGUACACGUGAGUUUACAUAUUAAUGAUAGAAUUUAAGUUCAAAUGAAUUUAUCAAAAUGGUUUACAUAUCA